AACCACCCCAAAAUAUGGUCCAAGUUCCGAUCAAAACAGAGGGCACUCAGAACUUCUUGGACUCCCUUCUUAUGGACGUCUUUCAACCUCAAGACUUGAGAUAUCUUGAGAUCCUUCACUCCACCAAGUUCUUGUUCUCAAUAGCUCAUGUGGAAAGCUGCAGAUUUGGGCUCUCACCAGCGCUUUAAAGCUUCUCGCCACCCCUUGGUCGAAUUUCUUUGGGCGAUCCAAAGAUCGAUGGUGCGUGUGAUGCGACGGCUGGCACUGGGGCUGGGGCUUGCGCUGGCGGCUGUCCACCCCUUCGACUUCACCAUGCCGGCGAAGCGGACUGCAGACGGUGCCGCCGCAGGGCACCCUGCCGCGACGGCGCUGCGUGCGCGGGGCUUUGGAGGCGGAGCUUCUCCGAAGGAUGCAGGUCCGAGCAAUAAUGAGACUGAAAUGGAGACAAGAAAGAUCAUGGAGGAUUUGCUGUAUCAGGUUCAAGUAGCGCAGGAUCUCGCUAGCAAUGAACCUCUUCGCCAGAUCAACGUGGCCGAUCGCAUGGUCACCUUGGUUGGAGGCCAUCAUAUCAGCAAGUUUUUUGCGCGGUACGUUGAACACAUCGUGAGUCAAGUUCAACCAACGGCCCUUGUGUUGGAGCUGUGCAGUGAACGGCUGGAAGCCAUCGUUCGAGGCAAUCAACACCGCGGCUCGAAAGCAAAGGAUUGGAUGAACCCAGAUAGAUGUGAGGUGGAAUGCAGGCAGCACGAUGGCUAUGGGGAUGAAUUCCGAUGUGCUUUCCGUGCGUUCAUGGAAUAUCCGAAGCUGCCUCAUGGUUUGCUGGUGCUGGCUGACCGAAAGGAAUCUGAAACCAAGUUGAGUGAUGACAUUUGUGGCCCUAAAUCCAGGUCAACACGAGACAUGAACAUGGCCCUUCAGAUCUUUAGCACUGCAGCUCUCGGCGCCACCAAAAUUGUGGCGGUGAUGGGCGCGGCUCAUUUGGAUGGAGUUGAACACGAGCUGAAGGACAUGAACAUGGUGUAUGGUCGAAGAAAGGGACUCGAAGGCGCUGAGAAGGCUCGGCGUGCGAUGGCCCAAGAAAUUUGGUCCAAGCCACCACCAACGGGUUUCUAUGUCUCAGAGCAAGGCUGCAAGAAGAUCCAAGAACGCCAGCAGAAGCUCAUCCAAAAGGUGCCACCCAAGAAGUGGAAAGCUCGCGAGAAGUUGAAGGAGGGUAGGAGGGACAGAAUGUUCGGAUUGAUUGAGAAGCUUUGCAACUCCGCGCGCAUCAUGAACAGCUUACGGCCUGACGGGAUCGAGCCAAGCAGCUGGAAGGAGCUUUGGACUUGGCACCGCUCUUUGGUGUGAAGGCCGCUGCUGAUUGGGUGCGGUAUGUUUGGCAGGAAGUCCAAUAGUUUCACCGGAGUUUUAUUUCCUUCACUAGACCUCUCGUCACUGAAACUUUAUUUUCAUUUUGGUUUAGACUGUUUAUAUAUAGUGCUUGAAAGGAAUCGGAAAGACCCAGGAACUUCAGCAUGUCAAGUUCAGUCAGGAGACUCCCCCUUGACUCAUCCACCCCAGUUCUCGGAAUGAAGCAACUGAUACGCAUUUGCUGUGACCCUCACCAUUUGGGGUUGCUUCCAUGCGUGGGCUGUGC